AUGGCCGCCACUGCUUCCAAGUCUGACAACCUCGACGACAAUCUCUAUGACGGUCUUUACGGAGAUGACCUGGACGACGAUUUCGGAGUAUCAAACGGUACAACCGCUGCCAACACCUCGGCGUUCGACGAAAACGAUGAGGACUUUCUGAAGAACGAAGACGAUAAGGACGACAAGUCCGCAAAGAAAGCCGCCACUACAGUAUUAGCGCAAUUACCGGCGAAACAACAAACGACAACGCCGGCUGCACCGCCCGUCAAGCCCACACCAACAGCAACGCCAUCCUCGUUACCAGCAAAGCCUACAACUGCCGCGGACAAUGCGCUUUCAUACUCGGCGCAAAUAGCCCAACAGUUCUCCCAAUAUCAACAGACGCCCAGCCAGGAGCGCCAGUCGGCCUCCGCGCCGGCGUCCGGUGGUACGCCAGACGCCUCGCGUCCCGUACGGCCGUCCGAAAUGAAGGACGAAGGCAAGAUGUUUGUCGGCGGUUUGUCCUGGGAUACCACAGACGGUACUUAUCUUCCUACAUAUUUUCACCCCCAUCGCGAUACUCCCUUCCUUACCCCUCCAUACCACCAAUAUGGCCUCAGGAAAUACUUCAGCGAAUUCGGCAAGGUCGACGCUUGCACGAUCGUCCGCGAUGGCGAAGGCAAAAGCCGCGGCUUCGCAUUCCUCACCUUUGAGGACCCCGCAAGCGUGAAUGCGGUGAUGAUACGCGAGCACUUCCUCGACGGCAAAUCGAUCGACCCGAAGCGUGCGAUCCCACGCGAGGAGCACCUGCGCAACACACGCUACUUCGUGGGCGGGCUCGCGGCGCAUACGACGAGCGAGAGCAUGAAGGGGUUCUUCUCGUCGUUCGGGAAGGUCGUAGAUGCGACGGUCAUGGUCGACCGCGAGACGGGCCGUAGCAAGGGCUUCGGUUUCGUCACGUUCGAGGAUAACUCUCCGGAGAACAUGCUUGUCGGGCGUUCUGGGUUGGUUCUCGAUGAGAAGCAGAUCGAAGUCAAGACGGCACAGCCGCGCUCAACGCGCGAUUCGACGAGGGCUCACAACAACGGCGAUGUUAUUACAACGACCACCGCUCCGCGCCCCAUCACCACAGUCAACACGGGCGGCAAUGGAAUGGGCAUAGGCAUGCAGACCCCCGGCGCGGCGGACCCGCAACAGAUGAACAUGCUCUACCAGCGCAUGAUGGGCAUGAACAGCGGUAUGCAGACCGGGAUGGGCAACAUGAUGGGUGGUCAGAUGGGUCAGAUGGGCCAAAUGGGUAUGGGCGGGAUGAUGGGCAACCCGAUGAUGAUGGGCGGUAUGCGUGCGGGGAUGCAGGGCGGGAUGAUGGGCGGCGGUAUGCAGGGCGGAGGCAUGAUGGGUGCCGCCGGUAAUGGCAUGAUGGGCGGGAUGCAAAACGGGAUGCAGGGUGGUAUGCAGAGUCCGAUGGCCAUGAGCGGGUCUAUGAGUCCCGUCAACACCGGGAUGGGUAACAUGGCAAGCGGCGGUGGCGCAAUGCGCCUGGGUAUGGGCCCAAUGGGUGCCGGUGGCAUGGGCGGCAUGGGUAACACCAUGAACGCUGGCAUGGGCAUGGGCGGCAUGGCCGCCGGUAUGGGUGGUAUGAACGCGGGUAUGAUGGGCGGAAUGGCUAUGGGGGGUAUGCGCCCCAUGGGUGGGAUGGGCAUGAUGAACGGUAUGGGAAUGAUGGGUGCAGGACGCGGAGCAGGGCGAGGUGCAGGUAUGGCUCAAGGACCAGGACCCGCUCGUGUCAUGAACCGCGGGCAACACUCUUUCCACCCCUACGCUCGUUAG